CUGAGAAGCUCCCCCGCUGCUUUUAGAGAGUGAGGAGGAUUAAGCUGGAGCUCGGUGGAGGCACGACGGCACUCUCACACGGCAACCAGAGCUGGAGCCAUGAGCAGGGCGCUUACGGAGCACAUCAACAGUAGCUUCCGAGAAGAUGCUCCUCGUCCUCCGGUACCGGGGGAGGAGGGAGAGGCGUCAUGCUACAACCCCAGCAGAUCUGCCAAAAUGAGAGCCCAGAGCAAGGUUAAAGACACCUCCGCCGCCGCGCCUCCCUGCUCAACACCACGGAGGAACGAGGAUGGACUCGGGGAGCCAGAGGGCAGCGCGUCCCCGGACUCGCCCCUAGUCCGGUGGACAAAGUCUCUACAUUUUCUCCUGGGCGACCAAGACGGCGCUCACCUCUUCAGGACCUUUUUGGAGCGGGAGAAUUGCGUGGACACUCUGGACUUUUGGUUCGCCUGCAACGGCUUCAGGCAAAUGGACUUAAAGGAUACCAAAACGCUGCGAGUUGCCAAAGUUAUUUUCAAGCGGUACAUCGACAACAACAGCAUUGUCGCCAAGCAGCUGAAACCCGCCACCAAGACCUUCAUAAGGGAUAGUAUUAAAAAACAACAAAUAGACUCUGCCAUGUUUGACCAGGCACAGACGGAAAUUCAGUCCAACAUGGAAGAGAAUGCAUACCAGAUGUUUUUGACCUCUGACAUAUACCUCGAAUACGUGCGCACCGGCUGCGAGAACACGGCGUACAUGAACCACGGUCUCAGCAGUCUGAAGCUGAUGUGUGGAUACCUUCCUCCUCUCAUGGAGGAAGAGGAGUGGAAUUGUAAUGACCUGAAGGCAAAAACAUUAGGGUCUGUGGUUGGACUCUCUGCAAAAACCCUGAGGGCUACUGCUGCCAUCCGGACAGCAGCUGAGGUGCUGGAGAACAGUUGCCGGUCCCACCGCCGAGGAGACCCUGCCAGUCCCUACUUUGUCAACUCUGGCUACAUUUUUGCCCCUGCCACCAGUGCCAAUGACAGCGAGAUCUCCAGCGAUGCCACAACAGAUGAUUCCAUGUCUAUGACGGACAGUAGUGUAGAUGGAAUCCCUCCAUACAAGCUGGGCACCAAGAAGCAGCUUCAGAGGGAGAUACAUCGCAGUGUCAAGAUCAAUGGCCAGGUUACGCUACCCCACUUUCCCAGGACACACCGGCUGCCUAAGGAGAUGACCCCUGUCGAGCCCUCAGCCUUUGCUGCACAGCUCAUAGCCAGGUUGGAGAAGCUGAAGCGAGAGCAGGACACAGUGAGCUCGCUGGAAGAGAGGCUGCAGCAGAUCCAGGAGGAGGAGGAAAGGGAGGAGAACAGUGACCUUGCCAGCAACACCUCCCUCCAUCACCCUCUGCUCACGUCUGGUAGUCAGUGUGAGGAAGACCCCCAGGCUAUUUUAGACGAGCACCUAUCCCGUGUGCUGAAGACACCUGGCUGCCAGUCGCCUGGUGUGGUUCGGCACUCACCACGCUCACGCUCCCCGGAUCGAACGGGUGUCAUGGUGUCUUCUGGCCACGGGCCCUUCUUUGGUGCUUAUCCUGGGGCCACCAAAGUUCUCUUGACAGGAAGGCAGUCGACAAAGCACAUCCACCAUCACUACAUCCACCAUCACCACGCUGGGCCAAAGACCAAGGAGCAGAUCGAGGCUGAGGCGGCUCAGCGUGUCCAGUGCCUCUGCCCUCCAGGGGGUGCCAAUUAUUCUGACUUCCCCCCUGCUCGCUGCACUACUUUGUCCAGGCGGCCAGUCAAAGUCAUAGAUGAGAGUGUGUCUUCCCCAUGCCUACCCCUAGAUGCUGCCGACCGCUCUCAGAAUGUAUGGCAGUGGAUCCUAGAGAGCGAAAGGCAGGGCAAGCACAAGCCACAUGGUUCUCCAGGCCUGAAGAAGUCUGGCCCACUUGACUCCAAAAUCCUGCUCGGUCGGACUCACUCCUCUUGGGGUGGAGGUGGGCUCGGCAGUGGGGCUCACCUCCGUGGUCACCACCCUGGCCACCCAUUCAUCCAGGACCCGGCCAUGCCACCCCUGCCCCCGCCCAACACCCUGGCACAGCUAGAAGAGGCCUGCCGCAGACUAGAAGAGGUCUCCAAGCCGCCAAAACAGAGACAUUCAACAGCAGCCGGCAGCCUCCAGAGAGACAGGAGUUAUCCAGCAGCUGCCUUCCCCAUUGCAGGUAGCCCUCUGACCAGCCCUGGACUCCAGGCAGACGAGUCUAAGGAGCUUGUGGUCACCUACUUCUUCUGUGGUGAGGAGAUUCCUUAUCGCAGCAUGAUGAAGACCCACUGCCUCACCCUCGGACACUUCAAGGAGCAGCUUAGCAAGAAAGGCAACUACCGGUACUACUUCAAGAAGGCCAGUGAUGAGUUUGAGUGUGGUGCCGUGUUUGAGGAGGUGUGGGAGGAUGCCACUGUGUUGCCCAUGUAUGAGGGCAAGGUCCUGGGCAAGGUGGAGAGGAUGGACUAAAAGCCACUUUGCUGCCAACCAACCAACGCCCUUUCCUGCCCAACCAAAAGCUAAACUGACCCUAAAAAAACUUGAGCAAACGACUCUAUAAUUAACAAAACCAUUCAGGAUUCCUUUUUGGUUUUGUUUUUUUUUUUGUUUUUUUUCUAUUUCUUAAUAUUAAGCUAAACAGAGUUAAUAUAUCCAGCACAGAGGAUGAUUGAAGGAAGAUGAGCCAAUGAAGUAUGCCGAAUCCAGAGGAGGUGCCGCCCCUCCCUGACUUUCUCAACCAAUCAGCCUUAGCUACACAAGGGAAUGAGACAAAAAGACUUUAAAAGACCAAGAUAGGAUGAUCGUGAUGAUUGGAGGCCUGCGGGGGUGGGUGUGGAGACCUCGUUUCUUCCUGAAUAUAACCACUGAAGAUGUAGAUGACUGUUUUGUUGUGAUGUGAUGAGAGACUGAUGGUGAGUCCACACCGGCCUCCCGACCGAGGGCAACCAACUGGCAGUGCCACCAACCUGCUCUUAAACUGGCAGUCCAACAUCGUUACAAAACAUCCGUACGUGUGCAUAUACAUACAUGCAUAUUAUGUAUAUAUACAUGUAUUAUACAGUAUAUAUAGAUUCUCUUUGUCUUGAGUUGAGAGUUUUUAUUAAAUAUUUAUUGAAACAGACAACCCACUCCUUUGCCCGUUCUCCCUUCCCAAGUUUCAUUAAACCUGUGUCCCUCCUCCUCCCUAUGUCCAGCCCAUGGGCAAGCUGCUUUGAAAGUUGGGAGAAUAUUGUGGUGAUAUUAUUUAGUGUUUGUUUUUGUUUAUUACUUUACACAAAGGAUGUGACACUAGCCUAGCACCUCCCAUAGCCUUGUUGACUUGUCGACCCAAACUAACACACUUAGCGGUGUGGAUUUGUCCGAGGCGCACUCCACUCCCUCCACUAUGCUAAUAGGUGAUCCCAGUCUUAUAUGCUGCUGGUAGUUUGUAACGUUGAGUUUGUCACACUAGGGUUUCCUUUUCCUCAUUCUCUCCCCCUCCCUCUCUUUUCUCUUUCUCUCAGUCCGGCGACAGAGCUCAAUCUUUUUUUGCUGUGCCUUUGUUUAUAAACCAGGCAUUGCAUGGGGGGGAUGAAAACAGUUGCAGACACACACAGAGAAGACCUGGAGCACAAGUCGUACCAUCUAAUAAUGGUAGUGUUUACAGCCCACACACCAAAAUAACUUGCGCUAACAAGAACCGGUUUGGAUAACUGAGAACGACUUCUCAAGAAAGUUAGCAUGUCAAAAAACACAAAAAAUAGAAAAAAGCGAGCGUUGAAGAAUCAUGGCUGCAAUAUCCUCUGAAUGUUGUUACAGUAACAUCGUAUAUAGCAGAGCUCCUGUAUACAUUGUAAUUAUGCAUUCUUAAGUGUGGAUACUGACACGUGAUGCACACAUAGACUACACACACAUAAAUAAUACACACAUAGAAACACACACGCUGGUGUUUUAUGAAUACAGCACCUGUGCCUACAUGGACGCCAUACCAUGUGCUACCCUGUUUCAGGGUUUUAAUAUAUAUCCCUUGGUUUUCAGAAGGGUUUUAUGUUGAAAAGAUAUUUUUAUGCUUUUAAUAAUAUCCUGUAAUCAUGUUCCUUUUUUGUUUUUACACCAUGGCCGCUUUUGUUUUGUUCCAUUCUAUCUAAACUGUAAAUUAUACAUUAUAUAAAGAGUUUCAUUUAAAGAUUUA